AUGUCGAAUAUUAUGGAAUUGGAUAAAGCUAGGAAGGAUAUUGAAAUUGAAAUGGAAGCGUUAAUGAGUUACUUAAACAGUGAAGAGUGUAAAUAUGUCGGUUUAACUGGACCACUCGUGGAUAAUGAACAGUUUCCUAGAAACGAUAUAGACAUUUAUGAGGUCAGAAAAGCCAGAGGGAGAAUUAUGUGUUUAAAAAACGAUUACCAAAGGAAGUUAAAUAAUAGAAAUGUAGGUGAUUGUUUGAUUACUACCUUAAUCGCUAAUUUUAAAUUUGAAUUUAAUCGAAUUAGUUUAGAAUCUGCGAUAAUUCAUCAAAAGUGUAAUACGAAGUUGACAACCCAAGAUCUGAAUCAAAAAUGGGUUAAAAAGGAAGUAAAAAUUGUAAAAUGUGUUAUACCUAUUGUAAGAAGAGGUAUCUACAAUUAUACCAGUACCCCCAUAAUAUUAAUGAUAUACCCAAUUUUAUUUUAA